ACGCUCAGAAGAAUGCAGAGAGAGCAGCCAUGAGAGUUCACUUCAGGAGAAAAUAUCAUCUAGCAGAGAAUUCCAAGGACGGUAGCCACCUGAAGUGCGUUGGCGGCAAUGUGUCGCUCCCCCGUGAGCUGUCCAACCUGAUGACCUGGCCCAUCUCUCCACAAAGGUUUUCUCACCCCUGGUAUACGUGAUAAUAUCCAUCCAUCCAUUAUCUGAGCCGCUUCUCCUCACAAGGGUCGCGGGAGUGCUGGAGCCUAUCCCAGCUAUCAUUGGGCAGGAGGCGGGGUACACCCUGAACUGGUUGCCGGCCAAUCGCAGUACGUGAUAACAGUUUUGUUUAAUAUGGUUAGAAAAAUCUUUUCUUGCAGUGAGCUGCUGUGGGUGGAUAAAUAUUUGUUCAUACAAGGUUGUAUAGUAAGAAGAAGUAGCUCAAAUGUCAAUGAAAUUGUUGGCAAAUCUUUAAAUAAAGCUGUAUUUGUCCAGCUGGAUGUCCUCUCUCAAGUCUCUUAAGGGCAGCAGGAAUGUGUUGUCAUUCUCUUGACCUGGCCACCUUCACAUUCAUAAAUCAUCGCUUCCUAUCAGGAAGAGCGCAUCCAAGGAUUACUGGAGGCGGGAAGUCAGCAAUAAACCGGACCUCACAUGUGGUUCGCCCCCGGUGAGGAGCAUGUCCAACGCGGUGAGGAUGUCCAAUGCGGUGAGAAUGUGCGUCCGAGCGCGGCUCUGUGGCCCUGCAGCCUCCAGGGCGCUCAACGUGAUGGUGGGGGGAAAAGGAGCAGAAAACGUUAGUGGGACGAGUAGCAGGGGACGGGUGAGGAGCUUUGAGGAGAUCCCGAACACCGGCAGGAACAGAUGGCUCAACCUGGUCACCUUCUGGAGGGAAGGUCGCUUCAGGCUGCUUCACAAGCACAUGGAGAGUUCCUUCAACACACUCGGACCCAUCUACAGGGAGCACCUUGGCCCUCAAAGCACCGUGAACAUCAUGUUGCCAUCCGACAUCGCCGAGCUGUUCCGCUACGAAGGCCUCACCCCGCAACGGAUGGUCCUGCAGCCAUGGGCCACGCACCGGGAGACCCGCGGGCACGAGAAAGGAGUCUUCCUCAAGAACGGUGCCGAGUGGCGUGCCGACCGGCUGCUGCUCAACAAGGAGGUGAUGUUGAGCGCGGCCGUCAAGAGUUUCCUCCCCGACAUGGACGAGGUGGCGAGGGAUUUCUGCCGGAUGAUCAAUGGCAGGGUGGAGGGCCAGGGAAGAGGAACGCACGGCGAAAGCAGCCUGACCUUCAACCCCGGUCCAGACAUCUUUGCCUUUGCACUGGAAGCUAGCUGCUACAUUCUCUACGGGGAGCGCAUCGGCCUUUUCUCAUCAAAGCCUCCCAUGGAGUCUCAGAAGUUCAUCUGGGCAGUGGAAAGAAUGCUGACCACCACGGUGCCCCUCUUAUACCUGCCUUCCCCCCUGCUGGUCCGCCUCGGGACCUCCUUGUGGACCCAGCACGCCACUGCAUGGGACCACAUCUUCAGCCACGCCGAGGCGAGGAUGAAAAGGGGCUUCCAGCACCUGUCUUCCAGACCCGCUCCCAGCUCCGAUGUAGGCAAGUCCACUGGAGUCCUGGGGAAGCUCCUGGAGAAAGGACAGUUAUCUGGCGAGGCCAUCAAAGCCAACAUCACUGAACUGAUGGCCGGAGCGGUGGACACGACGGCUGUACCAUUGCAGUUUGGUCUGUUUGAGCUGGCUCGUAACCCCGCGGUGCAGGAGAGCGUCAGGCGUCAGGUGACAGAGUCUAUGGGCCAGGCUGGUGGUGACCCUCAGAAAGCCCUGGAUGGGGCGCCGCUACUUAAAGGCACUGUGAAGGAGAUUCUCAGGCUGUACCCAGUAGGUAUCACAGUUCAGCGUUACCCGGUAAAAGACAUUGUUCUUCAGAAUUACAACAUUCCAGCAGGGACCUUGGUCCAGGUGUGUCUGUACCCCAUGGGGAGGAGUGCGGACGUCUUCGAUGACCCGCUUAACUUUGACCCGGGUCGGUGGGCCCGCAUGCGAAAGGAGGGGGGCCAGCGCAGGGCCACGUUCCGCUCGCUGGCGUUCGGCUUCGGGCCCAGACAGUGCAUCGGCCGCAGGAUCGCUGAGAAUGAGAUUCAACUGUUGCUCAUGCACGAUCGUGGGCGUGCUGGAGCCUAUCCUAGCUAUCUUCGGGCAAGAGGCGGGGUACACCCUGAACUGGUUGCCAGCCAAUCGCAGGGCACAUAUAAACAAACAACCAUUCGCACUCACAUUCACCCCUUUGGGCAACUUAGAAUCUUCACUCAACCUACCACGCAUGUUUUUGGGAUGUGGGAGAAAACCGGAGUGCCCGGAGAAAACCCAUGCAGGCACGGGGAGAACGUGCUAACUCCACACAGGAGAGCCCGGGAUUUGAACCCCGGUCCUCAGAACUGUGAGCCAGACGUGCUAACCAGUCUUCCACCGUGCGGCCUAAUGUAUACAUUGUAACGGUUAUUUUUAAAACCUCAUCUACAAAUAAUUAGUCAGUGUGAGAACUCAAAUGUGGCCUUUGACCACAAACGUUUGCCCACCCUUGCUUUAGAUGUCCCGUGAGCUGAAAUUUAAAGAAACAUGUUGAACCCCCCCCUUUUUAUUUUUAUUUAUUUAUUUUUUUACUACAUUUUAGGCCCGGAACCUGAAUUGUUUUACUGAAGAGGUUCGUUCCACUGCAGUUAGGAUAAGAUACACGACAUCA